AUGAACGACGACACGGCCAUGCACGAGAUCCGCAAGAAGAUCGAUCGCGAAAAGGCCAUCAUCCAUGCUGCCAACCAGAUGCGGCAGGCGACCAACAACCCAGGAGUCAAUGCCAGAGUAGACUCCCAGAUACGCGAUGCCAGGCGAAAUAUACAAUACUUCGAGCAAACGCUCAACGACCUGACGGCCCGCAAGAUGGGCAACGAUAUGAACAACCUGUCUGUCACUGGCAACGGUGGACCAACACCCCCGCAACAUGGCCGAGGUGGGUCUACUGCCUCGGGUCAUAACAAUGAGCAGGGCUACGGCGGUGGAGGAGGUGACUAUGGUGAUCCCGGCCCGGGAGGAUACAGCAUGGGAGGAGCGCCUGGUCUGAUGCCUCCAAGAGCGCCAUAUGCACCUCCCGGGCCUGGAGACCGAUCCCCCAGAGCCCGUCCUAACUACAGCAAGCUGGAUCUUAUAAAGUACGACACAGCACAUCUCGGACCUCGCAUCCAACUCAUGUUGUCACAACUCGAGUUCAAGCUCAGCGUGGAAAAGCAGUACAAAGAUGGUAUCGAGAAGAUGGUUCGACUAUACCAAAUGGAGGGCGACCGCAAGAGCAAGGGCGAAGCUGAGACUCGGAGAAUGGAGAGCAACCAGAAAAUACAGCUGUUGACAAGAGCACUGCGAAGAUAUGAGGGUCUUCACGUUGAUGUGGAGAAUGGCGCAGAUGCAGCAGACGAUGACAGUCUCGACACGCCCAGUCAGCGCAAGCCAUUGAGCGGACACCUAUCGGUGAAGAUCCACGCUGUCGCCGACGUCGAGCAUGCAGCAUCUGGUAGAUUCGCCAGAGGUCCGGAUACCUUCGUCAUCAUGAAAGUUGAGGAUGCUUUUAAGGGCAGGACGAAGGCCACAAAGACUGAUCGAUGGACGGACGAGCAGCACGAGUUCGAUGUCGACAAGGCCAACGAGAUCGAGUUCACAGUAUACGACAAGUCAAGCGGCGAUCUACCGACUCCCAUAGGAUUAUUGUGGAUUCGUCUCUCUGACCUCGUGGACGAGAUCAGACGAAAGAGGAUUGAGACCGAGUUCAACCAGGCUGGAUGGAAGACGGCUGAGCAGAUGGACGGCGGACAGCCACGUCCAGAUUUGCAAUUCCAGCCGCCGCCCGGAUCAUCCCACGGCGGGGGACAAGGCGGGUCUACUGCUGCAGCGGCUGGAGGUCCUGCAGGUUCUGGGUUGGCUCCACAAACUGGCCCUGUCUACGUCGAUGCAUGGUUCUCCCUUGAGCCCGUUGGACGCAUACAACUCACACUCGGCUUCGUCAAGCAGGUCAAGGAUCGCAGGCCAUACGAUGUCGGUCUUGGGCGCAAAGGCGCUCUUCGUCAGAAGAAAGAGGAGGUUGUCGAGCAGUAUGGCCACAAGUUCACGGUCCAGACUUUCUACAACAUCAUGCGAUGCGCGCUUUGCGGCGACUUCCUCAAAUACACAGCUGGCAUGCAGUGUGCGGAUUGCAAGUACACCUGUCAUCAGAAAUGCUAUCAGAAAGUGGUUACGAAGUGCAUCAGCAAAUCCAAUGCAGAGACGGAUCCGGACGAAGAGAAGAUCAACCACCGCAUACCGCACAGGUUCGAGGCUUUCAGCAACAUGAGUGCCAACUGGUGCUGUCACUGUGGUUACAUAUUGCCAGUUGGCCGGAAGCAGUCGAGGAGGUGUACAGAGUGCAAGCUCUCGUGUCACGCCAACUGUGUGCAUUUCGUGCCAGACUUCUGCGGCAUGAGCAUGGAAAGCGCGAACCAGAUCUUGCUCGAGUUGAAGAAGACGAAGACCAGCCGGAUGCUGCAGAACAGCUCAAAGCUUAGGCCGCCUGGCGCUGCAGCUCAAGGUCGACCGACGCCGCCGCCACAAUCGCAAAGCUUUGCGCCGUCGGCGGAUCACCAGGAUCACACCAAGAGAGACGACAGCGUGAGGACGCAGGACCGCUUCUCGUAUGGCAAGGAGCGUAUGUCGGACUCGUAUGAACAGCCACCUAGGACAUCUUCGUUCGGACCACCAGGCGGCUCAUCGUCUCUGGAUGCUGCCAAGGCUUCCAUGACCCCUGGCGGAUCAACGCCUCCGUCUCCUGAGACGACACAUCGACCACCAGCCCAGCGUCAGCAAUCAUCUCAAUCUGCUUCGGCGGCUGCGGCGGCCGCCGCACUUGCAGGAAAGCGUGGCAAUGGGCAGGACGCACAGCGACCUCCGUAUGCAGCUAGAGGCUCGACAGACUACGCUCAGCAACAGUCGCGACAGUCUGGAGGCUAUGCGGAUGGUUACAACGAGAGUAAGAGACUCGCAGGAUCAUCGCAGCAGCCCUCACAGUCGUCAUAUAACCCUGCGGACUACGCAGCCGUCUCAGGAUACACAGCACAACCUUCUUACCAACAGCACGUCACACCGCCGGCGCCACCAGCUAAGAGCAGCUACCAACCAGUACCUCAGGUCCAAGUACCGCAGACACCUCCGCCACAACCGCCUACUCCGGCGCAACAGACGACUGUCUCCGUCACUGCGCCCGUCGUUGAAGAGCGCAAGCCAGCUCCUCCGGCUAACACCGCAGGUACUGGACGUCGCAUUGGUCUGGAUCACUUCAACUUCCUUGCCGUUCUUGGUAAGGGCAAUUUCGGAAAGGUCAUGCUUGCCGAGACCAAGACCACCAAGCAGCUGUAUGCGAUCAAGGUGCUUAAGAAGGAGUUCAUUAUUGAGAAUGAUGAGGUCGAGAGCACGCGGUCAGAGAAGCGCGUCUUCUUGAUAGCGAAUAAGGAGCGUCAUCCCUUCCUGCUGAACUUGCACGCCUGUUUCCAGACCGAGACAAGAGUGUACUUCGUCAUGGAGUACAUCAUGGGUGGUGAUCUGAUGUUGCACAUCCAGCGAGGACAGUUCGGAACGAAGCGCGCUCAGUUCUACGCCGCCGAGGUUUGUCUGGCACUCAAGUACUUCCACGAGAAUGGCGUUAUAUAUCGAGACUUGAAGCUCGACAACAUAAUGUUGACUCUGGACGGCCAUAUCAAGAUUGGUGACUUCGGUCUUUGCAAAGAAGAUAUGUGGUACGGCUCGACGACUGGCACUUUCUGUGGUACUCCUGAAUUUAUGGCACCAGAGAUCCUGCUGGACAAGAAGUACGGCCGCGCAGUCGACUGGUGGGCAUUCGGCGUCCUGAUCUACCAAAUGCUGCUCCAACAGUCACCAUUUCGAGGUGAGGACGAGGAUGAGAUUUAUGAUGCCAUUCUUGCGGAUGAGCCUCUGUACCCAAUCCACAUGCCUCGGGAUAGCGUUUCGAUUCUACAGAAAUUGCUUACUCGAGAGCCGGAGCUCAGAUUGGGAUCUGGACCUACUGAUGCGCAGGAAAUCAUGAGCCAUGCUUUCUUCCGAAACAUCAACUGGGAAGACAUCUUCCACAAGCGCGUGCCGCCGCCAUUUUUGCCCACGGUCAAGGGCAGAGCUGAUACGAGCAACUUCGAUUCUGAAUUUACGAGCGUCACACCAGUGUUGACUCCAGUCCAGUCUGUUCUUUCACAAGCAAUGCAAGAAGAGUUCCGAGGCUUCUCGUACUCUGCAGACUUCAUUUGA